AUGAAGCUGACGUGGGCAACAUCCCUUCUCCUGCUCUCGACCAGGGUCACCUCCUUGACUAUCCCUUCAACUGAUCUCGUUGAGCGCGAGGAUUCGGUAGAUACUACCCAAGAAAUCUCCGAGUUUAUGGACCUCGAGAAGCGACGUGGAGGAGGUGGUGGUGGCCGCGGAGGCUCUAGCGGGGGGAGCAGUGGUGGCCGUACUGGCAGCUCAUCUAGCAGCUCUUCAGGCAGUUCAAGCGGUAACAGUGGCAGCCGAGGCGGAAGCAGCGGCAGCUCCGGCAGCAGUGGUUCCAGUGGUUCCAGUAGCUCCGGCAGUCGAAGUGGCUCGUCCAGCAACGUUGGCGGCACAACAUCCUCUGGUUCCGGUACUCGAGCUUCCUACGGCGGAGGCAGCUACUACGCCGGUGGUGCCACAACUCCUUACCGGUCUGGCUCGCGUUCCGCUGGCGGCAUUUACCCCUACGUUCUCGGAGGUGCAGCUCUGGGUUUCUUCCCUGGCCUCUGGCUAUACAGCGCCUAUGCCUACCCCUACAGCAGCAACUAUCACUACAUGAACCAGAACACCCACAAGAACGAGUCUCUGCCGGUUGUCUGCGUGUGCCAGGAAUACUCGGAGUGUGGAUGUGACAACAACAACAAUAGCACCUACUAUGAGUCGCUCUUCAACGGCACUGUGCCAAAGAACUCCAGUGUGGUGCGUGUGGUCAAGGUGAACGGCACCGAGACCAUCUAUAUCAAUGGCACUCUGCCCAACGGAACCACCUCGGCCGAUAGCAGUUCGAGCACCUCGGACGCCAGCCCUAUCAUGACGACCCUGCUACAUGCCAGUGGAUACUGGGUGACUGUUGCUCUCGUUGUGACAGCUGUAUGGUCAUUCUAA